AUGGAGUCCUUAAACGUGAUAUUGGCCUUGCUAGUACUUUCCAAGACGGUCCUAGGUUCAAGGUCUAACCAUAUUUCAGCGGUAUCGGACUUGAUACAUUGUCUAAAACUACCGGUUCGGGUAUCGGUGUUGUCCUGUUGGAGCGAGAGCGAAAAGUUUCAUUUUUUGAAGGAGAUAAACGCGAUAACUGCGGUUCGGUUUUCCACUGAAGAUCAACAAAAUCUUCCCUGGAACGAUCGCAAUCUGCAUCAGAACCUGUUGGUGAUCGAUGUCGGUUGUCCAGAAUCGAAAGAGUUGCUACGGUCAGCUGGACAAUUGUUAUACUAUCGCGUUAAAUGGAUUGCUGUGAAUAUUAAUGACCCUAAUUGUGUGAAAUUCCUGAAGUUUUUUGGCGAUCUUCAAGUUCUGAUCAGUAAUGAAGUUUACUAUAUUUGUCGGGAAGAUGGAGUGCAAGGAUACCAAAUCAAACAAGUCUAUCGGCGAUCACUUGCAACUGAGCUGAUCGAGGAAACGUUCGGCUACUGGAAUCGAGGUAUGAUUGUCAAUCUACAGCAUCCCAAACAUUCCGUUGUCCGCCGUCGAAACUUGAGCCGCUUCAAGUUGCGUGCAUCCGUCGUAAUCACCCAUAACGAAACUCUGAACCACCUGGAGGACUACCGUGAAAAACACGUCGAUACGAUCACCAAAAAGAAUUUCUUUCUGACGAAAUAUUUGGCCCAAGAUUUGAACGCCACGCUUCAGUUCAGCUACGUGAACUCUUGGGGUUAUCGCGACGUUAAAACGGGUAAAUUCAGUGGAAUGAUUGGCGAACUGCAGAACGAUCAAGCGGAUCUCGGCGGUACGGCACUAUUCCUGACGGCGGAUCGUAUCAAGGAGAUCGACUACCUAUCGAUGACCACCCCCACGCGAGCCAAGUUUAUCUUCCGUUCGCCGAAGUUGUCCUUCACUGAUAACGUGUUUCUUCUACCGUUCAGCGGAACGGUUUGGCUGUGCAUUAUCAGCUUCAUUGUCCUUUCCGCGAUCCUCCUGUUGAUCAUUCUGAAAGUCGAGCUAAGAUGCACCAACGUACGCUACGGCCACGUCAUCCGACCGAACCUCAUGGACACGGUGAUGAACAUGUUCGGCACUUCGUGUCAACAGGGAUCGUAUCUGGAGCCGAAAUCGCUUCCGGCCAAGUGCUUGAUCCUGUUGAGCUUGAUCAUUCUGAUGUUCUUGUACGCCAGCUAUUCGGCCAACAUUGUUGCGUUGAUUCAGUCACCGUCGAACAAGAUCCGUACGUUGGAGGAUUUGUUGAACUCGCGGCUGGAGACUGGGGCUGAAGAUACGGUCUAUAACAAGUACUAUUUCAUGCAUGAAACGGAACCAGUGAGAAAGGCGAUCUUCGAUCGCAAGAUGAAAGGUCGCGAUGGAAGUUCCUCUAACUUCAUACCGCUGGACAAGGGCGUUGAACGGGUACGCCAAGGACUGUACGCUUUCCACGUUGAGCUAGGAGUUUGCUAUAAGGUCAUCAGCGAAACCUACCAGGAGGACGAAAAGUGCGGCCUGCAGGAAAUCGAGUACCUGAACAUCAUCGAUCCGUACUAUGCCGUGCAGAAGAACUCCUCCUUCCGGGAGCUGGUCCGAAUUAGUCUGUUCAGGCUACGUGAAUUCGGUAUUCAGGGUCGGGAACACUCAAUGCUCUACACGCGGAAGCCGGCCUGCAGUGGCGGCAGCAGCUUCAUUCCGGUCUCGAUCGUGGACGUUUGGCCGGCGCUAACGGUGCUUUCGUGGGCCUUUGCCAUCGCCGGAGGUUUGCUGGUGGGGGAAAUUGUUUGGGCGCGGAUCAGAGUACGGAGAGCUCGGGCUAAGAUUCACUGUAGCAGUAGUAUUCAGUUUAACUGUGACUGAAACUAAAAUCAAUGGUUUUUGCCAGUGUUAAAAUUUUAGUAGGAACAUACAUUUAUUUGCACUACAUCACAAUUCACAAUUAGGACAACACAUAAUCAACACCUGAUACACCACAAUUUUCGGUUUGCGGCUUUCGUUCUCAAUCCUCGAUCACCUCCAAUUCUCUUUAGUUCCUUAGCCUGGUCACACUCUAACUGGUCCGCCGAUCGUGCUCUCUGCGCU